GAAAAAAGAAAAUUGCGCAGAGAAUUUCCGACAGCAGUUCAAAGCAGCAGCAGUACUGGUACGGUUGCAGAAUUCUGUGUUUGGCAAGACAAUGGAAGAAUUAAGAUCAUCACCUCCUCCCAUUAAACGCUUAAAGGUUUUCCAUGAUAUAGAGAGUUCUGCGAGUGUGAAUGAUCGGAUUCCAUUCUUACCUGAAAGUAUUAUGCUAAACAUUCUAUCUUAUCUUCCUACAAAAUAUCUUCUGCAAACAAGUGUUUUAUCCAAAAGUUUUUGAGAAUUAUGGACAAUUAUCCCUAGACUCGACUUUGAUGAAGAUCUUUUCAAGAUGCAUAGAGUCAAGAAUAAGAAACAAAUUCAGAACCCGAAAUUUGAGAAUUUUGUGAGCAAGGUUAUGAGGUUAUUGCAGGAUGGUGCAUAUGAUGUUGACAGGUUCCGUCUCAGUUGGUCUCAUUGUGAUAUGUCUCUUGUUAACCAAUGGAUCAAUGUUUUGGGUAGUAAAAAUUUGAAAAACUAGAUCUUGAUCUUUGGCAUAAUGAAAGUGCGGAAAAGAUACGUUAUCCCAUUACGUUAUCUUUGUGCAUGUUCAAUAAUGAUUCUUUAGUUUUCUUGAAACUGAAGCUGCAAGAUCGUGAACUUUUUAUGCUACCCACUUCAAUUUGUUUGAAUAAGCUGAAAAUACUUCAUCUCGAAGGGGUUAGAUUCUCGGGGGAGGGUGCAGUUCAGAAACUUGUUGCUGGUUGUCCAAUUCUUGAAACUUUGGUAAUGGUAGGCUGCCAUAUUUACGAUGAAAAACUUGUUGACAUUAGUGUUCCUAGUCUAAGGAAUUUUACCAUGCGUCAUAUUUAUCUUCCGAGCGACUCUAGAAUCAAAAUCUCCAAUCCGAAUCUCUCAGUAUUCAACUACACAGUGAUGGAAUGUAAUAUGAAGAACGACUCCAUAGACAAAUUCUCCUCUCUUAUGGACGCAUAUAUCGAGGUUCUCCUCCGACCAGGUGGUAGUUACAGCAUAAAAAGGUACAAUGAAUGCUUUGACAAUGUGGGUGAGCUUUUUAGCGGGUUGGCUAGCAUACGGUCACUAACAUUACCCAGAAGCACACUUCAGAUACUCUCAAAUGCUCUAGAUUUGUUGGAUUCACUGCCAAGCUUUGACAACCUAAACAAAUUGAUGCUCACAUCUCUUAGACAAAGAGAUUAUUUUCAAGUGAUUGCAUACUUGCUGCAAAGCGCGCCUAGUCUAGAAUCUCUUGUCAUUGAUCUGGUGGACCAGCCACGAAUUGGUGUUAUUGUGAAGGAAGAAGGCCAAGCAGUGUCAACAGAAUUUUUGUGUUUGAAGGGUCUUGUUCUCCAUCACCUCAAGGAAGUAAAGAUUAGUUCCUUCGGGGGAACUGAAGCUGAGAUCGAGUUCUUGAAACAAAUUUUAACAAAAGCCAACGCCUUGCAGAAACUGUCUGUGAAAUGAAUGAUUCAAAGAAGGGAAUCGAGAUUAAAAGGACGAUAUCUAUGCUUGAAAAAGCUUCUGCAAGCUGCACCAUAUCAGUGUUGUAGAGGAGAGAAAUACAGCCAGCAAGAACAGAACAGCAAAAAAAGGCGAGAACACACCCUUGGCUGCGCAAAAAAGCUCAAGUACCAACCAUCAAUUAACCCGUAAAACAAAAGACGCAUCAGUUGGAUACAAAAUUGCAGAUAUUAAAAAUACACCAUUGUGAAUUGAAUUCUGAAAUUGUGCUCAUGGUUUCCUUAGCUAAUUGGUGUUGUCCUGUGUUGCUUUAGCCUCACCCCUCCAAAUAGUGUGCAUUAUUUCAGUCAGGACUUGUAUUA